GGGUUAAAGAUAUCCGAUUAAUUUAAUUUUUUAUAAGUAUAUUUUACUCCAUAUACUCUAAAAUAUGAACGGCUUAAACCAUUAAAACGAAUGCCAAAAUGAAUCCAUGGAGCAGCACAACGUCGAGUUUUGUAUUCCUCCAUUUAGUUUUGACUAAUUUCAAGUUUUACCAAAAAAAAGGAGAAGAUAUUAUGUUAUUAUAUAUUUUUAUUUUAAAAGUUGCAUGGAAACUUCCUACGUGUUGCCCUCCAUGUAUAUAUGUUACACUCUUUCCCCCCACCCUCAUCAGUCCAUAACCCAUAGUUCUUGUGCCCCUCCUCAUCAUCAGUGUUUGGUCCUAUUCUUUCUGAUCUGAUCAUAACAUGUCAAGGGAAAGCUCUGGUGAUGAUCAUUUUGAUCUUGAAUCUCAGAGUCAUCUCUUAGUGAAAGAUGGUGGUGAUAAUGGUACAACUAGUACUAGUGGUCCCAGUCACCGUUGGCGAUCCAUCAUCAUAAUCCUCCAUGUACGCCAAGCCUUCAUCUCCAGUGCAAGAAACAAGUCACUGGCCGUUGAUGGGAUUGAGGUGGUGCCUCCGCCACCAUCCAUCGCCACCUCUAAUACCGGCGGUGAUGGUGAUGGACUAAAUGUAGAACUUGCAAUUAUAUCAACCUCACCCGAGGUAUCCCUAGAGGUCCAAUCCGAUGGCGCUGAUGAGAGCAACAAGUGCAACAAAGAGCUUCAAAAUACUGAAAUAGCGAGGAUUGUGAAGGCAAAGGACUUGAAUUCCCUGCGUGAGUUCGGUGGUGUACAAGGAUUUGCAGAGGCUUUGGAUACUGACUUGGAGAAUGGGUUGGCGAAUGAUGAAGAUGACAUUUGCUGUAGACGCCUAACAUGCCCACAAUCUGAAACAAAGCCUCCUCAAGAAGGCUUCUUUCAUAUCCUUUGGAAUGUAUGCAACAAGUACCUCAUUUUCCUUCUCCUUUUGUGUGCAGUGUUGUCCAUUGUCUUUGGGAUUCUAGAGGAAGGCCUACAUACCGGGUGGUACGAGGGGGCAUUUAUAAUUUGUGCCAUCAUUGUACUUGUAUCUGUUCCUAUGAUACGCGAGUAUUGGUAUUCAUGGUAUCAGCCAAGGAGGAAAAAGCUAUCGAAGAAUAGGGAAAUAGCCGUCCAUGUUUUCAGAGGUGGAAGCCAACAUCAAAUCUCCAUAUCCAAUGUUGUAUCGGGUGACAUUAUAUGGCUGAAGAAGGGGGAUCAAAUUCCUGCAGAUGGGUUGUUCAUUUCUGGUGAAUCUUUAAAAUCAGAUGAUGAAUUGGAAUCCACCAUUGAUGACCAAAACCCAUUUAUGUGUUACGGUGCAAAGGUGAUUAAUGGAGAAGGGAAAAUGCUUGUGGUAUCCAUUGGCAAGGACACAGUAUGGGGUGAAAUGAUGAGUAAUGUGAUAAAUGCUUCCAACCCUCUACAAGUUCAACUUGACCAGUUGAACAGUUGCAUACAAAUCAUUGGCGUCCUAAUCACUAUCAUCAUCCUUGUCGUGUUGUUCCUUCGUUUUGAGUUCAAUAAGGGUAGUGCUGGUUCUGUAAUUCCUGAUCUCAAAGCUAAAUCGGCUGCUAUCAAAGAAUUUAUAGAUGCUAUUUAUAAAAUUGUCAAGAAGCCAAAGGGGAAGACUAAUCUAUUGACUUCACUUACCAUUAUUUUGGUGGGGAUUGCAGAAGGAUUACCUUUAAUGGUAACUCUCGCCCUCAAUUAUUGGAAUAAAAAAGCUUUGUCGGGUAAGGCCACAACUCAAGAUUUCUUGGCUUGCAUCACCAUGGGUUCGGUAACAACGAUCUGCACUGACAAAACUUGUGGGCUAAACUUGAACCAGAGCGAAGUUGACAUGUUGUACAUUAGUGGACAGUUCUUCAACAAUGAAUCCGCUAUAGCCCCAAACGUCAUAGAAGCUCUAUGCAAAGGAAUUGCCACACCAAUUCUAGGAUUGAAGAGACCUUCUUCUUCAAUGGAAGACUCGCUCCUCUCUUGGGCUUCUUUGAAGUUGGGACUGAAACUAGAUAUUCUGCAGCAAGAAUGUAUCAUUGUUGAGGUGAAAGAAUUGAACUUUGAAGAGGAAGGAUGUGGCGUUUUGAUGAGAAAGGACGGGGAAAGUGUGAACUCAUCCUAUUGGAAAGGAUCUGCAUCAACAAUACUGGCAAUGUGCUCAUCCUAUUACAGUAGUGAAGGAGCGAUGAAUGUUAUCGAUGAACAAAAAAGAGUGUUUUUUGAGCAAGUUAUUGCAGAUAUGCAAGGUAAACAUCUCAAAACUAUUGCAUUUGGAUACAAACAAACUGAUAUAGCUACUCUUGAAGAAACAGGCUUGAUCUUGCUCGGAUUACUAGGUCUGAAAAAUUCAUUCAGAAAAUCAAUGGAAGAUUGCAUAGGUGCUGGAGUCAACAUCAAAUUGGUGUCAGGAUGUGAUGCGUCUGAGUUAAAAUCCAUAGCUCUAGAGUGCGGAUUGAACAUACCCAACUCAGAUUCAGUGGUGCUUGGUGAAAAUUUCAGAAAUUCUACACAUGAAGUGAGGAUGGAAAUGGUAGAUCAAAUUUGUGUUAUGGCAAGUUCACUCCCUUCUGACAAGCUUCUUCUGGUGAAGUGUUUGAAGGAAAAGGGCCAGAUAGUUGCAAUGGUGGGUGCCAGAACAGAUGAGACGCCAGCGCUUAAAGAAGCAAAUGUUGGAAUCACAAUGGGAAGUGGUAGCACAGAAAUGGCCAGAGAGAGCUCCAACAUCAUCAUCUGGAAUGGUGAUUUCAAUUCGUUGUUCACCAUCAUGAAGUGUGGACGAUGUGCGUAUGAAAACAUUCAAAAGUUCAUCCAACUUGAGUUCACCGUGACCAUUGCGUGGGUACUGAUAAAUAUAGUCACAACUAUCUAUUUUGGAGAUGUCCCAAUAACAACAAUUCAGUAUUUCUACGUAUGCUUCAUCGUGGCUGUUCCAGGUGGCCUAGCUUUGUUGAUGGAGCCACCCACCAAGACACUAAUGAAGAAGUCACCAAUAAGAUCAAUUAACUCGCCAAUAACAAGAACCAUGUGGAGAAACAUAGUCCCUCAAGCUCUAUACCAGGCUGCAAUUCUGGUGACCUUUCGGUUUAUAGGACAAGCUGUAUUGGACACCACCCAGAAGGUUUUCAAUUGGUUCAACGCACGAGAACUGGAAAGAAAGAACGUGUUCAAGGGUAUCCAUCGAAACUGCUGGUUUUGGAUGGCGAUGGUUGGUACUAUUGUUUUGUUGGCGUUGUAUACUAAGAUUGCAAAUAUUCUUGCUAGCAGUGCAAGGUUAAAUCCUGAACAGUGGGCCUUCUGUUUUCUAAUUGGAGCGGUUUCUUGGGUGAUAGAUUGGGCUGUUAAGAGCACGUCGGAUUUUAUUGCAGACAGGUUUCAUUGUUCUAACAUUGGAUCCAAUGGUAUGACAUCUUCUCCUUCCUCAGAAUCACUUAUUAAUCUUGAGAGUCCACUCAUGAGUAAUAGUUCCCUGUAA